AUGACGAUCAAAACCAUUUACAUAGCAAGGCAUGGCUAUCGAUCAAACUGGCUUCCAAAAGGUCCAUAUCCACCCCCUCCAACGGGUGUAAACAGCGAUGUUCCAUUAGCAGAGCACGGUGUGAAGCAAGCCAAGGAGCUGGCUCAUUAUAUUAUGUCUAUUGAGAAUCAGCCCGAAAUGAUAUUUUCAUCGCCAUUUUAUCGCUGUCUGGAGACAUCUCAGCCCAUUUCAGAUCUUUUAGAGGUGCCAAUCCAAGUUGAACGUGGUAUUGGUGAGUGGUACAAGCCAGAUAGAGAAGUUAUUCCAGAACCCGCGUCCUUUGCGGUUUUAAAUAAUUUCUUUCCGGGGAAGCUGAAUAUGGAUUGGCAGCCAACUGUGAUUCCAAGCAAAAAUGGUGAAACAGAGGAGGACAUUUUCAAUAGAUGCCGAGAGUUCUGGCCCAAGUUUGUGGCUAAGCUUGAAUCCCAAUAUCCGAACAUCGAGACCAUUCUGUUGGUGACACAUGCGGCUACCAAAAUAGCUCUCGGUAUGAACUUACUAGGAUUCGAUAACUGUCGCGAUCCAAUUGAUGGGGAUGGUACUAUUCUGAGGAGUGGUAGCUGCUCUCUCGACAAGUACGAGCUUAUUGUGAGCGAUGACGCUACAGAGGAGCUUCAGCAUAUACCCUUUUGGAGUAAAAGAUGGAGACUCACUAUGAAUGGUAAUACCGAGUUUUUGAGCAAAGGUGAGGAAAUGCACUGGGAUUUCCAGUACGGGUUUGAAGCCGGUUCUGACGCCGAUAUUAAAGCCAGACAGGCAUUGGCUGAGAAAGAAGCGCUUGACACCCCAGAUUCAAAUGCAGCAUCCCUGUCUGAUGGCUCUCGGCCCGUGGCAGAUUCAGACGCGUAUGAACACGUUUACUUUAGCGUUGAUAUCCCAGCUGACAAUGCCAAAACCAAGAGCGAAAUAGAGCCCAAUGCAACUAUGCAAUAUUCGGGUUUAGAGACUGAAGCGCCUUUGAUCAAAGUUGGCAACAAGUUAUAUGAAGGUCAAUGGCAGAAAUUGGUUGGUACGGAAAUGGUACUACCCGACGCUGCAGUUGUGAAUAAGAAGGCUAAAGAGAAAGAAGAUGAGCAAGAGACCGAAAACGAAGAUACUGAUGAAAUUCAAGAGCAAGAGCCUCUGGAAGAUAGCAACUCUAGGUCCGAAAAGAUUUACCGCAUCACUGAUAGACUGGUUAUGGAGAAUGUGCAUCCCAUGUAA